GCUGAUUGGAUCCCACGCGUGAAAAUUGAAAUACAAAAAGAGAGUUGAGACGCGUUCCUAGGUCCAGUUAAAUCUAUUAUUAUUUAUAGCUUUGCCCAACCAAUUGUAAAAAUUGUCACCAAAUUGACACCACAGAAAGAAGUCGCUGCAAAUUAUACCGUCGGUCUUUCUUUCAGCCUUCAGACGACUUACGACUGGCCGGGCGGCGGCGGCAGCACGCGCCAUGGGCAAGACCAAGGCCAAGACACAGCACCGCGGCCGGCGGCGGCCGGGCGUGGCGGCGCCGGUGCGCAUGACGCUUGAGCAGACGCUGGAAGCGGCACAGUCGGAGCUGGAGCAGUUCCACCUGGAGGAGGCGCGUCAGCUGCUCAGUCGCGCGCUGGACAUGGACCCGGACUGUGUGCGCGCGCUGGAGAUGUCUGCCGGCCUGCUGCUGGACCUCGACGAGAUGGAGUCUGCGCGCACCCUACUGCAGCGCGCCGUGCAGCUGGAACCGCUCACGGGACCGACCAAGUUUCUCAGCCUGGCGCAGCUGCUGCAGGGCAGGGAGGCCGCCGACUGCUACGAGAAGGCCGUCCAGCUGCUGACUGCGGAGGCGGAGGCCGCUCCGGCGGCAGCGGCGGCCUCCGGUGACGGUCCGUCCCCGGCGCGGAGGCUAUCGUGCGCGUUCUGCGCGCUAGCCGAACUCCACAUGACCGACUUGUGCGACGAGCCUGAUGCAGAGACGCGCUGUCGCAACUACGUGUCUCGCGCCGUGUCUGCCGACCCGUCCAACCCAGAGGCGCACCAGACUGAGGCGGGCCUGCUGCUGGUCACGGGCGACACGGACGGCGCGCGUGCCGCUCUCCGGCGCUCUACCGACCUGUGGCUGCCGGCGUUCCAGGCGGCGCGCGCCGGAGCCGCGGCCGGUGAUCCACUGGAGGUGUGCCCGCUCAGCUACGACCUGCGGCUGGCGGCGGCGCGCUCUCUGAUCGAGGUCAAGGACUGGGAGACGGCCGAGCAGGUGCUCGACGGACUGGCGGAGGAGGACGAUCAGGUGGUGGACACGUGGUACCUGCUGGCGCUGGCCGCGUUCGAGCAGGGCGGCGAGGCACGCGCCGGCGCUCGGCCGUACCUGGAGCGCGCGCGGCAGGCGGCCGAGCAGCAGCCGGAGCAGCAGGACCCCGAGAUGACGGAGCACGUGCGCCAGAUGCUGGAGGAGCUCGGUCCGGCGCCGGAGGGCGAGCAGGAGGACGAGGAUGAGGGCGGGGAGGACGAGUGGACCGAUGAUGAGGAGGACGUGGAGAUGGACGCAGCCAACGGAUGAACGGCGGCCGGCCGGCGGGCGGCAGUGCGCGCCGCGCGGGGCUGAUGCCGCGCUGCGGGCUGGAUUUGGUGCUGCCAAGUUUCGGGUGCUCUGGGAUUUGAUGGCUCUCAGGGCAGUGUUUGUGAGCUGCCAGGGAUUUUGAUCCGAUUUGUUAUAUGUUUGGGACAUACAGUUUUGAAUAUAUCUAUUGAUGACAGGU